GGUUUGAGCAUUGGAAACAAUUGAAGAAGAUCGAUCAUUGUUGUAUUUUUCUGUCGCAUAGUUUACUUCACAGCUUACGAUAUGUCUAGUGAAUUUGAACCAGAAACCGUAUAUGACAUGGUUGUAGUACACCGAGAAAAUGAUGUUCGUGUAGUAACACUGCAGUUAUUUCAGCUAUACACUCUACGUAAACUUGGUCCCCCUUUCAAACCAGUCAUACCCUUUGGUCCCCACCUCUUCGGAAGUGGAAAGACAAAAUUCAUACAAAGUUAUUUGGAACUGGUGAAUAAUAUGGGUGAAAGUGCACUGAUAGGUCUCGAUUACGUUUGUGAGUCUGAGAAGGCCAACCGAAGAGGUUUCUUGGAGAAAUUAAAAAGGGCUUCAGUGUUGUACGUCGAUUUAAGGGAGUUGGAGCUCACAGACCCGAAAGAACGCAACCUAAAGUGGGCAGUCUACUAUUUGUUAAUCAAGGCUGCCCACUCUCAAGUUGGCGCUGAAAUAUUGUCAAAGAAAGAAGCCUUCGAAAAGGUGGAUAUGGAACCUUCCAACUUAGUUCCACUCUUACGAGAUAUACUAAGGAUUCCUUCUGAUCAAUAUCUUCUGAUAGCAUUUGAUGAAGUUGGUGUCCUAGACGAAAGUCUCGACGAAUUUCAUUUCAAGAGAACCCAUGACGGCAGAGUUCGACCAUACAACGACUUUUUCGGUAUCAUUAGUCAAUUGUGCGAAGAACCCGACUUGUUUUUUAUAGUUGUUGGGAAAAGUGAAGGCUUAAAUAUAUACAAUUACGUAGCUUCAGUCUCAAGGGUUCAGUUAGUAUUUAUUCCUCUUGCGCCGCUUGGGAAACAUAGUAUCAUGGAACAUUUGGAGAAAAGUUCUUCCUUUUUAUUCACUGGGAGCCCAAAAGCUUCAGAAAUUCUUUGCCAUGAAGACUUCUCAACUAGUGAACUUGCAGAAUUGUUGUUGGAAUUGACUGGUGGUGUUCCUGGUUUACUUGUUCGAGCAAUCAGUUACCUUUUGCCGUAUAAAUCAUCCAACAACAAUUUCUUAUUAUCUAAGGAAACCUUCUUGAUCAUAAUGAAUGAUCUUUCAGUAACAAAUUAUUGUGUUGCGCCAUUCUUACCUCGUCUGAUAAGUCUCAGUGAGCAGCGUAAGCGCUUGUUAAGAAUGCUUACGUUAUUAUCUUUGUAUCGUAUUCGAUUUGAUUUUGAUGAAACUGUGCAAAUAAGCUCAAAUUCUGAUGUGUUUUUGUUUGAUCUAGUUACAGAUAUGUGUCUCUAUCGUCGAUUGGUUAUAGACCCAGACCGCAACGAACGCUAUGAAGUGUUGAUUCCCAAGUUACUGAUUGAAUAUAUUGACCAAGGCUUAAAGGAUGAUCGUUUAGAAUGGUUACUUUUACAGACUCUCAAGUCUCAAUUUAUGGAAUUCUUUUAUGAGUCGAAAUGUCGAAUUUUGGAAGGUCUUAUUGCUACACUGUUUUAUUUACAUUUUUCUCGGCGUCCUACAAACAGCUCAAUGUUUUCUACUCUUGGUCAAUUGUCUCGUGUUUGGAAUGAAAUGAAUUUACAAUUUUCUUCCGAAUCUGCUGCUUAUUAUAUGAAAUGUAUACAUUAUACCAGAGCUGUAUCAGGAACAGAGAGAAUGACAUUUGGAAGCAAUGAAUGGGAAAGGAUAAUGAAAGAAAUGUUAGAAUUUGAAAAGAUAUAUAUUCCAUUUCAUUCAACAUCCCAUAGUCCAGAUAUACUAUUCAAGUUGCAUGGAAGAACGAAUGAGAAGAACUUGAUGAUUGUGGGUAUUGCUUGUAAAGGCCGAUGGAGUCGUAAUGUGCAUGAUCAAGUAUUGACUAGUCAUCCUACAUGGCAUUGUAUGUUGAUUAUUAUGAGUACUCAGUUAGCAACCAACGUAUCUGAGGACUUGAAUUAUUCUAGUCGUUUUUAUUCAUCUGGCGAUAGUGUUGAAGAUUUCGUGAUUCCUCACAACUGUGAAUUGGUUAUUCUUUCUGAAGCUGAUGUAGAAAACUUUAUUGGCAAAGACAUUUUAUCGAAUUUAAGGAACGCUUUCAAGUCUGUGGAUAAUCCACAUUCGAGAAAUAUUGGCAUUUCAACACUACAAGAAAUAGUUUCAUCUCUUUCUAAAAAUAUUUAGGAAUAUCUCGUUUUCGUUGUUUAGUGAAUGCUUCUUUGUUAUCAUUGAAGUAUUUGAAAUUUAAUAUUUUGUAAAGGAUGUGGAGUUGCUUAAACUUUCUUUAUCAAAAGAUUCUGAAAUGAAUGGAGAUUACCAUAA